CACAGUUCUAGUUUACAACGUAUAUUAUACCUCUAAUAAAGGCCGACCAAAGGCCAACAUGAAUUAGAAAGAAGGUUUCAGGGACUUUUGGAAACAUGCGGUCCUUUUUUAUUAAGAUAUUUUCAUUAUAACUUUUCAUUAUCACUUACAUUUUCAUUAAUAAAGUUUUUUUUUUUUAAGUACAUAAUGAUUUUAUAUAUAGUCGUUGUCAUUUAUUUCAUCCAGAUUUGCAUCAUUCUCCGUAUUAUAUUAAGGGAUAAAACAGAAAGUAGAAUGGAGAGCACAUUUAUUGCUAAAUUUUGUUCACAUGACUGAGAUCAGCUAAGUGUCUAAUAAAAAGGUCCCCAUUUCACCCACCGAAAAAAUUCCUCACUACCUCUACUGAAAAAAAAAAAAGUUCAUUCACCAUGAAAUCUUCCUUUUCUUUUACCAUGAUCGUUGCAAUCAUUUUUAUCCAAGCCUUAACGCCGUUCACUGAAGUGUAUGCGGACCAUACCGUAUGGAUACAUAACAAGGUAACUGCUGGUACAUGGACUAAUGCUGCAACCGUCUUAACAAAUAAAAAAGGGAACUUUGAUUGGAGUGGUGAUGCUGGCGCAAUUGACAUAGAGGGCGACUGGGCUCAUACAGGUUAUAGCUUGAAUGUUCCUGAUAACGUGUCAUCAUAUUGGGUUGCUUUUAGAGUUGCUGCGUCUACUGAAGAUGAUAAAUGGCGCGGCCCAUAUAAUAAUGAUGGAGAUAAAUGUUGGCACUUUCAUGGUAAAAUAGAUUCUUGGGAUGUAUACGAAUGCUAAAUCAACUUUAGCAAUAAUGUUACACGAUUUCUUUUUUUUUCAAUCAUUCAUUUUUAACGGAUUCUGAUCAUCAGAACCUUGUUCUAUUAAGUUAAUACUAUAUACAAUAUAUUGUAAUUUUACUCUGCGUGACUAUUAUCUAUUUUACAUAGUUUUCGCUCUACUUUUAGCUUU